AUGUCAUUUUCCAGUUCAGCGUGCGCUUUCCCAGCAGCUAAUAUUAUUGCUAACUCACUGGUAAAAAAAGCUGUGUCCACCCCGACUGCAACUUUAAACGAACGUGGCAGGAAGGGAAACCUGAUAUGGACAAGUGAUGUGGCUGCAUAUACAAAUUGUUGUCAAUACACUUCUGAAUUUGGAAACCAUGGUGCUUUUAGAAUCAACUUGGCGGGAGUAAGUGAGCUUCUCCAUUAGGAAAUAUAUCUGUAUUAACCUCAAAUUUAGUGGGGAAACACCGAUAAUACACCAAAUGUGGAUGUUACUCUUUCCCAGGACGAAUGCGCGCCAGGGUUAGUAGCUAAUAUCAAGUCUCGGGGUAAUUAUUGCCUUCUUUAUCCAUGCAUCUACCUGUAACUGACGAGAAAAACAUAUAGGAGGCAAAAUUGUUGACUCCAGUUGGACUUGUGUACCUUCUUAUGGUGCGCUAGGUGACACUUAUGUUUAUUUCGAGCUGAAGAAAGGAGAUAGUGAAAUGGUAGCAGAUUCGCUCUAUGCAAUCGAUAGGAUUUCACCUGCAUGGAAGUGUCUGAAUGAUCUGGAUGUAUACAGCGAUAAAGGGAAAGCGUGUGACAUUCAAAUGGGAAAUACUUUGAAGUCUGGUAAAGGCAGGAGAUAA